AUGAUUGGCUUGGGUGCCACUUCCUGUCCUCGUUACCCGAGACUCAGGUAAGCUCAACACAACGAUAUUCGGACACACAUCUAGGGUAGGGUCUCAGGCACCAGUCUGAGUGUGAGCAGAGAGAUUGUGGAACUUUCAAAGGGUGGCUUUCGUGGAAGUAGACGCGGCAUCAUCGAUCAUUAGACGAAAUUGAUAAUUGCGAGGAGUGGCGAAAAGUACGAUCCGUGACGAGAGAGAGGUCUGGUAAUUAGGCUUCGAAUUUGGCCGUGGCAAUGGCUAUGACAGUGGCAUCUGUCCGUGGUAUACCAGCUAUGUCGUCGUCGAAGAGUGUGGUCAUUGGCCCGACAGCUUCGUUGGUUCGGGGACGAGAUUUGUCUCGGUUACAGAUGCGCAAUUUCCAGGGUCACGACUUCGCUGUGCUAAAACUUCCCAUACGGGGGUCAGCUGUACGCGGAGUGAGAACAAGCACAGGUUCAUCAUCAUCAUCAUCGCCGCUGGAGGAUUUGAAGGCAAAAGGGGAUGCAUAUUUCGCAACAGACACUCGCCCGAUCAUUCUGUUCGACGGCGUUUGCAACAUGUGCAACGGAGCUGUCAAUUUCAUGCUCGACAACGACGCCGAAGGCAAAGUGAGGUUUGCAGCUCUGCAGAGCGAGGCAGGCAGGGCACUGCUGGCAAGAUCGGGUCGCUCACCGGACGACAUCUCGAGCGUUGUGCUGGUCGACCAGGAGAGGGCGUACAUCAAGUCCGAUGCCAUUCUCAAUACUCUCCGCUAUCUGCAGUUUCCAUUCCCUCCUGUGGCCAUGGCUGCGAGCAUCGUCCCUCUGUUUCUCCGAGACGUCGUGUACGAUCAAGUAGCUGACAAUCGCUACUCCGUCUUCGGUAGAACGAUCGCCUGUAGACUCUCAGACUCCCGAUUUGAGGAAAGGUUCUUGAGCUCCUGAUGCCCCCAGAUUGUUUGAGCCUGUGAAUAUUUCUCCUACUGUUGUAAAAAUAUGACAAAACUGGCACAUCUCUAUGCUCUAAUCUGACAUUUUCCGAGCUACAAGCUCAGGACAAGAAUCAGUUCAUGACCAGCCAAAUCGAUGUGUUUACUUACUGUACAUAGCAUACCUGUGUUGCCGUGCUGAAACCAGGAGUUAGGAUUAGAAUUGGUGGCUGUAAAUGAACCAGGUCCUGCGGGGUGCUUCAUUGCAUAAGUAGCGAGCCCGGACUUCCCUGAAGGCUCUGGCGGAUUCCUUCUGUUGGAAUGAUAUCAGAUGUAUGGAACUGCGCAACGUUCACCAUUCAACUCUUCUGCUGGAUUUCCAGUUU